CUUCUCCUUACCCAUCUAAAACCCUAUCACUUCUAUUCAAAAUUCACUCUUUAUCUCUUCCAAAAUGACUACCACUUCAGCUUUGUCUCUUGUCCUCCCAUCUCUCAAUCCCAAAACCCUAUCUCUUUACAACCCUAAACCCGCCUCAUUUUCCUUCUCCUCUUCCUCGUCCCUCAAGCUCCUUGCCAAACCCAAUUCAGUUUCUUCUUCAUUUAUUCACUCCUUUCAACCCGUUCGUUUUGUUAGACACGUUGCUAUAUCUUCUGAGUUUGACCAGGAAGAAGAGGUUUUGAGUGAAGGGGAUGAGCCCAGUUUCUCUCCUGACCUUAAACUCUUUGUGGGUAAUCUUCCUUUCAGCGUUGACAGUGCUCAGCUUGCUGGCUUGUUUGAGACCGCCGGAAAUGUUGAGAUGGUUGAGGUAAUAUAUGACAAGGUUACAGGGAGAAGUAGAGGAUUUGGAUUUGUGACCAUGUCAACAAAGGAGGAAGUAGAAGCAGCUGCUCAACAGUUCAAUGGCUAUGAACUUGAGGGCAGGUCCUUGAGGGUAAAUUUUGGACCUCCCCCGUCUCGGAGGGAAGAAUCCUUUUCUAGAGGGCCCCGAGGAGGUGGUGGUGCUCCUUUGGAUAGUGGCAACCGCCUUUAUGUUGGUAACCUUUCAUGGGGUGUUGAUGAUUUAGCCCUUGAGAAUUUGUUUAGUGAGCAAGGGAAGGUAAUGGAAGCCAGGGUGGUUUAUGACAGGGAGAGUGGUAGAUCUAGGGGUUUUGGCUUUGUAACUUACAGUUCUUCUGAAGAGGUUGACAAUGCAAUUGAGUCCUUGAAUGGUGUUGAUUUGGCUGGUAGACCAAUUCGAGUGUCUGUAGCAGAAUCUAGGCCAAGGCGUCAAUUUUGAGUUUCAGUCUAUUCAGUUGAAAAAAUGGUUUAAGUAUGGGGUUAUCUGGGUUGCCUUAGUGAACUCAGCUAAUCUCCCGUUAAGGUACCUGAGAAAUUGGGAGUUGAAUGAUUUGCUUUUAUCCAAGAUUUUCCGAUCACGAUCAUUGCACAAAUUGCAUCUGAAUGAACAAAGGCAAAAAAUGUCUGUUAGACUCUUUGUAUGUUUUGAAUAUCAGGAUUCAGAUAAGGAUAUGCAGUCUACAUAUAUUUGAUAUCAUUUGUUAGAACUUGUGUAUGAGUUUUCAUUUUGUUUGGCUUUCCCAUGCAUCUUCUACUGAUAUUCUUUUGCCAUCCUUGAAUGAAUUAUAUGGAAAUGGAAAUCCACGGAAUUUUAUUCUAA